GCUCUUGUAAAACGGAGAUUGCCUAACCUCGAAGAAACUCGCUUUUAACAAUCAAACGUUUAUAAAGAUAAUUAUCUUUUUACAAGGAAGUUUAGUUGUAUCGCGACGAAAGUCAAGUUACGAUUUUAAUAUUUCAAGUCUCGUUUUAACCAAAUGAUACAAGUCUGAGAAGUUUGUUUGAAAAUCGAGACGUUCGAGUCAUUCUGACUGAGCCGAGAUUUUACAAUGGACGUAUCGACGCGUGAGGACGAGUUAAUAGCAGAAAUUACGAAGCUGCGUAAAUUGCUGCGCACAAAAGAGGCUGAACUAGCUUCUUUGCGACACGAGAAGCAGGUCGUGCAAGAACACGGUUUGAACAACGACGAAAUUUGUAGAUACAGCCGGCAGCUCUUUUUGACAGAAGUUGGUGUGAAAGGUCAAAAGAAAAUAAAGGACAGCUGUGUACUUAUUGUGGGAGCUGGUGGUCUUGGUUGUCCAGCGGCGUUGUACUUGACAUGCGCUGGCAUUGGCCACAUAGGCAUAGUAGACUAUGAUGAUGUUGAGAUAAACAACCUUCAUAGACAGUUUUUGUACGCAGAAACCAGCGUCGGUACUGCGAAAGUGAUCGCAGCAGCGGAAAGUCUUAAUCGGUUAAAUAGUUAUGUAAAAGUUAUGCCAUAUAAAAUUCAACUAGAUAGUAAAAAUGCUUUGGACAUCAUAAGAAAUUAUGACGUUGUAAUCGAUGCUACAGAUAACGUAGCUACUCGUUAUUUGUUGAAUGACGCGUGCGUUUUGAGUGGCAAACCACUGGUUUCUGGAUCAGCACUGAGGUUCGAAGGACAAUUGUCAGUAUUUAAUUACAACAAUGGCCCUUGCUACCGAUGCGUCUACCCUAGACCGCCACCACCUGAAACUGUAACGAACUGUGGGGACGGAGGUGUACUCGGUGCAGCCGUGGGUACAAUUGGUGUGUUACAAGCACUGGAAACGUUGAAAAUAAUACUUAAUAUGCCCGAUGUGAUUUCGGGACGACUUUUGUUGUUUGACGGAGUGGAAACUAAAUUUCACAAUGUGCGUUUACGCCCAAAGAAAGCAGAUUGCGUGGUUUGCGGGGAACAUCGUGUUAUACAUGAAUUAAUAGACUAUGAGCAAUUUUGUGGUGCAAAGGCUAAUGACAAAGAGCCUAAUUUAAAUCUGCUGAGAAAAGACGAAAGAAUAUCAGUUGAGGAAUACAAUAAAGUCGUGAAAAUGGACUCGAAACCUCAUAUACUGAUCGAUGUACGUUCGCCUGAGGAAUAUGAGAUCUGCCACUUGGAGAAUUCCAUUAAUAUUCCUCUCGUGCAACUUAACAAGGAUUAUAAUUUAAAACUAAUAAACGACAAUAUAAAAAAAGUGCAAGAAGAACAUCAUUCAGUAGAUUUGUAUCUUCUGUGCAGACGUGGUAAUGAUUCGCAAAAGGCAGCUCAAUUCCUAAAAACGAUAUUUACCGAAGAUACUUUAAAGGUAAGAGACAUACUCGGAGGUAUUCAUGCUUGGAGCAACAAGAUUGAUCCAAAAUUUCCUAAAUAUUAAUAUAAAGAUUGUACCGAUGUAACACAUUUGUUUAGUAUGUCUUUUAUUAAAUAAAAUUACCGUCG